AUGGAUAAAAAUGAAGAAUCAAUCUUCACUUCCAGGUUUUGGAGAGAGAUAAAUGAAUAAUAUUUCAUUGUUCAAACUCCAGUUCAAAUGACAGAUAUCGAUAUUCAUAAUAGAAAAUGUAUUCUUAUUAUCCAUUAGAGUAGCUGGCAAAUGUUAAAAAUCAAAAAGUCUAAAUAUCUUAAAGAAGAUUGUUAGAUAGAACAAUCGAACUAAGCUAUUCUAAACAAACAUAAAUAAUUUAAAAACAAGAGUAUAAUUGCUUUUUCUCUAAAGACAACAAUCACAAGAACCAAUUUAAAAUUUAAUGGAUGAAAUGAUAGAUUAAAUUUGUUUUACUCAUUUGACAGCUGGAUUGCAAGAAGCCUAAAAGUUGAUAAAGAAUAUCUCUCACUUUCAAGAAUCAUAACAACUAUAAAUUUAUAAUCAAGAAGCAAAUUUAUUAUCAAAUUUAAUGUAUUAAAUUGAUUGCCCUGAUGCAUUAAGUAUCGAAAUAGAGAAAUAUUAAAAACAACUUUAAGAAUUGGAAAACAAUAAUAAAUAUGAAUUUUAGAAGUAUUUAAAAGUUCAAUUCAUAUUAGUUUAGAAUAAUAUACAAAUUAGAUAAACUUAACAGUAUUGUAUGCUUACAAUAGUUAACAAAUUGGAGAACACAAAUUGAAAUUGACAAGAUGGAGGAUGGCAAAUCAUCAAAAUGAAUUAAGUUUACUAAAAUAACAUAUCAUUUCAUUGCAAGAUUGUUAAGUAGCUGAAAGUGUUGGGAAAGCAACCUUCAAUGAUAACAGUAUUUAUCAUUAAUGAUCUUUAUUAGAUAAUACAAUUAAUGUAAUUUUUGAUAAGUAUCUGAGUCAAACUCCAAUUUCUAUUAGUUUAGAAGAUUUUGGUAAUCUCCAAAGAUUGCGAGAAUAACCAUAUGAUUUAGCUACUCAACCAUGUUAACUUAGGUCUGAUGUAAUUCAAAUUGUCUAAUUCAAGGAUAUUUUUGAAAUGUAAAUGUGCCAUUAUUGCAAACAGAUGGUCGAGAUCAAAAAUCUUAAAUAAUGUCAGUAUAAUCAUUAUUCUAUGGGUUUACAUGAAUACAACGAGGAUUUAUUGAUUUGCUAAAGAUAUUAAAUUAAUGCCAAAUAAACGCAGUAAUAUUUUCUAGAUUUGUACUCUGAAAAUUAUAUUAUCGAAGGUAUUUAAAUGUCAUAAUCUUAGAUUAAUAAAUCUUGUGUCAAAGAUACUUUUGUUUAAAAUGUUUAAAAUAUGAUUUUGAUUCUUAUGAUUCAACUUCUUAUUUAUGGAUUUGUCCUUUGUGCAAAGUACUAUAUAAUCAAUAUUAUUAAGGGUCUAUGCAGUUGUAUAAGAUGUUCAAGAAAUGAUAUAAUAUAUAAAUUGAAAAGACAAUUUCUAGAGCUUAAUGGAGAUUUAGAGGACAUUUAUAAAUAAUCCUACUUUGAGAUUUUAGUAAAAGACAAAAGAAAAUAGUUGUAAAACAUACCUUUUUUAGAUUUUCUGAACAUUCCAAUAUCUGAAAACGAGGAAAAAACAUCUUAUAAGACUAAUCAUAAAUAAAAUCAAAUUAAUCCAAUUAGGAGAAAGAUUAAAAAAGAUGAUUCACAUAUAAUUAAGAAAUUUCAAAAACUUUACUAAUAAGAGAGUUCAUCAUCUUCAGUCAAAAUAAAAAAAUCUAAAGAAUCAACCCAGAAUACUAUUAGUAGCCUAGAUUCAAUUAAUUCACAAGUGUAUAUCUAAUGA